AUGGAAUCUGCUGAAGAGUUAAUUGAAGCAGAAAAUGAAGAUGCUCUGGACCAACUAAUUGCUAGAAUAUAUCCUAAUUUUCAAACUAAUUCUGUGACAAUGUCGAGGAUAUAUCUACCGAUUAAAGAGAUUACAGAAGCCACCAACAACUGGACUGCACUUAUCCAAGUUGUUGAGAGGCCACCCGUUCACCAAAGCAAAAAUGAUUCGACAAUGCAUUAUCGCAGAUACUUAUUCACAGAUGAAGAGGGCACAAAAGUAGCUGCCGUUGUUUACAACAAUGUCAUUGACGAAUUUAUGCCACCGUUGCUCAUGCCAUACAAAAGAUAUUAUGUUUCCGGAGCAAAAGUACGUCCAGAGAUACCACUGUAUCAGGUUGGUGAUUACAAGUACAAAUGGACUCUGGUUAAAGGUACCAAUGUUGAAGACUAUGAAGAACCCAUGCCUCCACAACUUCCGUGCUCAAUUGAAAUUCAUCAAUUUGCAAAUUUACACAAAUAUGCAGAUACGGAGAAUCCCAGAAACUUGCUUGCAGUUAUUGUUCAUGCUUUUCCAAAAAGGACUGUUGGUACUAACACAACACGUGAACUGAUCGUCAUCAACGAAGAGCUUAAGUCUAUAUACUCUCAAUAUCUGCUUCAGACGAAGACUUGUUGGGUCAGCGGAAAAAUGAAGCUCGCAAGCGACGCCAAAUCCUUAUGGGCAGCCACGUGCGGCAACUGCCGCAAGAAUUACAAUAUGCCACCAAACACAGCAAUGAAAUGUCGAAGCUGCCAGGCGGAUACUUACGUUGAAGCAAGGUGUCGGAUUCCAAUGGAAAUUAAAGAUGAAACAGGAACAAUAUACGCAAUAAUCUAUGGGACUGAUGCAGAAAGAAUUAUCCCGUUCAGCGGGAAUGAUUUGUAUGAAGCAGAGAAAAAUGGCCAAAACAUAAAAGGUGAAAUUGAAGCAGUGAUAGAAAAGCACAGCGUUGUCUGUUUCAUUAAGUAUACUGAGUCUGGUUAUCAUACAAUUCUAAAGCUUUAUACCGCUGACCACAUGAACACCGAGAAGAAUAUGCAUGAAGAACAACUCUCCAAAAAAGACACAGCCAGUUCAUCAUCAGCCCAGGUUGUCGAAAAACAACUCUUCACCCCAACACUCAAAAAUGUGCUCCAGUCCGUUGCCAUGAAAAUUGAGAAAGAUCCAACCAUCGGAAGUUCAGAACCACUUGUUAAAAAGCGCAUCAACUUUGAAACCCAACCAAUAGCCUCCUCCUCAAUCACAACUGCCACACCAUCAAAACAAGCUUCACCAAAACCAAGUCAGUUCAAUCUUGAAACACAUAAAGAUCUACCUGCCAGCCCUUCAAAGAAAAGUCGACCCAAAAUGGAUUGACGCCUCGACACCUACAGCUUUUGACUUUUGGCUCGACACAUCAAGCUUUUGACUUUUGAACUAGAAAAACAUGAAGAAUGGAUGCUUCUUUUGUGUACAAAUUUGAAAUUUGCAAGGUUAAAAAAACCUACCUAAAAACUGAUAUUUUGUAGUCAAAUCCUUAACAGAAUUAAAUGCAUCUAUUUACAUAUAGAUGCUUUUCGAUUCUGUAAAAGGAAAAUACUCAAUGUGUUAUGCCCAUGACUAUGCUUUUGUGUAUUAUAUCUUUUGAUCAUCCAAUU